UCGGACAGAUCAGUUUUUUUCUGUCGGACAGCGCCGCUGCAGAACUAUGAACUUAAGGGUCAAAGAGAUGAACAGAGGAACAAGGAAUCUGAAACAAGCAGCAGCUUUCGAGCAGGAUUUCACGCUUAAGCAAUGUCAGAGUAUUUCCCAGGUAAGGGAUGCAAAAGCAGACAACAACUCAUCAACAUUGUUUAAACGGAAGAAAAGAAGAGCUAAUCGCGCGUAUAACCUGUUGGUCAUGCGCUGUUAUUUGGGUCUGCCUCUCAGAACAAAAAAAAGAAGAAGAUAUAUGUCCGAGAUUCCUCUCGAUCUUUUGGUCGAAAUUCUCAUCAGACUGCCGGGAAAGUACUUGGCGAGGUCCAAGUGCGUCUCAAAGCAGUGGUCAUCCCUCAUCUCUUCUCGGUAUUUUUGCGAACGUUUACUUACGAUCACACAACGGAAACAACAACCACAUCUAUACAUGUGUUUGGUGGAUAAAGACGGGCAACGUGAACUUCUGUCCAUGUCAUCAACGUCUCCAGACAACACUUGUUUCGUGGUCGACCAAGAUUUGAGCAUCCCAGGGAUGGGAGGCUUCCUCUUGAGCGGCCUCCACGGCUUGAUGUGUUUCUCAAUGCGUAAAAGUGCUUGUAUAUACAACCCCACCACCGGACAACGCUUGAUCUUACCCAAGAUUAUGCCCGACAUCAUAGCCGAACCAGGUCAAAUUCAGUGUAUUAAGCGGUACCAUAUCGGAUACGACCCUGUUGAUAAUCAACACAAACUCUUAUGUUCAGUUGUUAUAUAUUCGGAAAAUUUUUUUAAUCUGAAGACAGAGCACUGGGUGUUCGUACUAGAAGCUGGAGGUUCGUGGAAAAAGGUUGUUCCACAUGAGAUUUGUCGUCCUCACUCCCCUUUCGUACCAGGCAUAUCUAUCAGUGGAUCAGUAGUAUAUUAUUUGGCGUGGCAUAAUAUGUACACUUACGCGAUUGUGAGUUUUGACGUUAGGUCUGAAGAGUUUACUACCAUCAUAGCACCUGUGGAUGUCAGAUAUCAUAUUCCCGCACUUCAGAUGUGGGCAGAACUUAUAGAGUAUGGUGGGAAAAUAGCCAUUUUCGAAUAUACCUACUUAAAAUCUGAGGGUACGACGGUAUUAUGGAUAUUGGAAGAUGCUGAGAAAAAGGAAUGGUCGACGAGGAGCCUUGUUUUGCAGCCUUGUCAGAUGCAUUUAGUCCAAGAUAUUGAUUUGAUUGUAAAGGGCACAACUCAGGACGGCAAAGUUAUUUUGGCACCUUUGGAGAUGCAUUCUGGAUUCUACAUUUUGCGUUAUGAUUUGCAAAGCAAUGGCUUGAGUAAGGUUGAAAUCAAAGGAAUACCACAACGUUGGUUUGACAAAGAAUGCUACUUUGACUUGAGGUUGGUGAAUGAGAGUAGUGUCAUCGACUUGGAAACUUAGCACUUGUUGUUUUUAUUCACUUGAUUUUGCUUCGCUUUGUUCUCCAGUGUUGUCUACCGCUUUUUAGGGGUAAUUAUUCCCUGUGAAAUUGCUAAUAACAUCUACGGAUGAGGUGAGAUGACAUCAUGUUUCUGUUGUAGAGAUGAAUAAUAACUCUUAUGCCUUGUUUUUUCCUUUUUAAA